CCCACACAAAUGUGCCGUUUACAUGUUUAAGUUCUGACUGACUGACUGAACUGACCUAUUUACUCAUGGCGACUAAAACGCACUCGGUGGUGUGUGCGGCUGUGGGAGACGGAGGGGUGGGGAAGACAUGCCUGAUGCUUACCUUUCUGACGGGCAAAUACCCGGACCAGUACCUGCCUGGAGCUAUGGAAUGGAACUCCGAAUAUUCACAUGUUACUGAGAAGCCGGUUAAACUGCAAUACGAAGGGAUGGAAGUUUCACUUACACUCGUCGAUACUGUGGGUUUGGAUGAAUAUCAACGUUUGCGAGGUAUGGUUUGUGCGAAAACCGACGUUUAUCUUCUGUGUUACGACGUCACCAUGCCGUCUACCUUGGAAAGGAUUGAACACCACUGGCUUCCGGAAAUCAAAGAAUAUUCUGAAACCGCCCCAUAUAUUCUAGUGGGCAUGAAGACAGACGAAAGGACGAAAAUAGACAAAGACAGUGGCCCCAGAUACAAGGCUAUACCUACAGAGGAAGGCUUAAGAAUGGCAGAGCGCCUUGGUGCAUUUGGUUAUGUGGAAUGUUCUGCGAAAAAGGGCCGAGGCAUACGAAGAGUUUUUGAAAGUGCCGCUUUGGCAUAUUUAGACAGAUAUAUGCCCGAGAAUACAAGAAAAAAGAGUUGUGCCAUUUCCUAACAAUUUAUUCAAAACACAUCAGAUUUAAAACAAAAAAAUUUGCACAUGUAUAUUUAGUACAAUUUAGUAUUAACAUUCUUGUACAAUAUUAGUCAUGUAGUUAAAGGCACAGAACAUGCAUGACUUAGCCAGUCACUAAAGGUACAUUUUAGAUCGGAAUAAGAUUGGAGUUUUGUUACAGUUUUAUUAUUGGCAGAUCAGUUCACGUGACAUCUCUGCUAAUAGUAAUACAAUCGGGUGUUUGUUUGUUUUUCGAAAGAAAUUUACUCAAGGAACAUAAAACAAAUCUUAAAACAAAUUUUAUUUACAAUUCCGUUGAUAAUUAUUAACUUUAAAAAAAGCAACAACAAAUCGCAGAAGGAACAAAACAUUUAGGAUAUAUAGAAAUUGAUGUUCCAGAAUUACAUAGUAUGUAACAUAUGAGUAUAUAUACGAAAGGGAAGAAGGAAAAUACAUGCUUAAUAAAAUGAACACAUUACUCGUAUAACGUUAAAUACGGUAUACUUUGUUAUUCCUUCUUCCUUUUUGUUUGCGUCACUGCACACAAUGUUUUCAUUCACAAUCUUUCUUCUUGUAUGAUUAUUUUGAUAGCAGUUGAAAUACAAACAUUUGAACAUAUAAUACUAAUAAAAUCAUAUAGAAUUUUC